AGCUUAGCUCUCUGUGCAUUCAUAGGAGCUGAUCACCCAUAUUGCCACUGUUGAUUUCUCUUCAGUUCAAAAGUUCUCUCCUCUUCGCGGUGGUUACUGGUUCAAAGUGUUUUGUUUCAAUUAAUUAGAAGAAAGAAAGGGAAAAUUAAGGAGGAGAAGAUGCCGGGGCUGACGCUCGGAGACACUGUGCCGAACCUCGAAGUCGAGACGACCCACGGCAAAAUGUGGCUCCACAACUACUUGGGCAACUCCUUCACCAUCCUCUUCUCCCAUCCUGGGGAUUUCACCCCCGUAUGCACAACAGAGUUGGGGAAGAUGGCGGCAUAUGAGAGACAGUUUGCCGAGAAGGGUGUAAAGCUCAUGGGUCUCUCCUGCAAUGAUCUGCAGUCCCACAAUGAGUGGAUCAAAGACAUCGAGGCCUACACCCCCGGAAGUGUCGUGAGAUACCCAAUCAUCGCUGACCCGAACCGGGAGAUUAUCAAGCAACUCAACAUGGCGGAACCCGAGGAGAAAGACCCCUCCGGAAAUCAGGUCCCUUCCCGGGCCCUCCACAUUGUUGGCCCUGAUAAGAAGAUAAAGUUGAGCUUUCUCUAUCCGGCGAGCACGGGAAGGAACAUGGACGAGGUGUUGAGGGUGGUGGAAUCACUAAAGAAGGCUUCAGAGCACAAGGUGGCGACACCCGUGGACUGGAAGCCCGGGGAACCAGUGGUGAUAUCGCCAAGCGUGAGCGACCAGGAGGCCAAGAAGAUGUUCCCUCAGGGCUUCGAGACCGUUGAUCUCCCUUCCAAGAAGGGCUACCUCAGGUUCACUCAGGUUGACUAGAGAUUUGGAGACUUUAAUCGCUCACCUAUAUAUAUAUAUAUAUAUAUAUAUCUUCUAUGUUAGAUAUCCCUAGUAAUCAAUAAUUGCAGUGACGAAUCUCUUAUGUGGCAAUGAUGACUGAUCAUAUAAUGAAUAAUAUAUGUACACAUAUGCGGAAGUAUAUGUGUGUGUAUUGCAGUGACGAAUCUCUUAUGUGGCGAUGAUGACUGAUCAUAUAUAUAUAUCUUCUAUGUUAGA